UAUGUGUUGUGAGUGCCGCGCUUUCAUGUCCUAAUUAAUUGUUGCUUGGAUCAGCGAAUUAUUGUUCUAAUUUUAAAUUUCAAGAACGUAAAACUUACGUACAUCGCCAACAUGGUAAUCCAAUCCAAAGUAUAUUGGGUGGGAACUGAAGAGACGGACGUUGAUAUUCCCUCGUCGAUACGUGCCAAAUUCUUAGUGAAGAAUUGUUUCUUUUAUAAGAAGUGCAUUUAUGGAGCAAUAACUUUAAAAGUGGGAGACUUUGUGCUCAUUUCAACCGCUGGGUCCGUUGACUCCGAUUUGGUGGAGUCAGGCGAAAUCGCGAAAAUUCUUCAUUUAUACGAAGUAGAAGAUGACUACAAUGAUGAGGAAGAUCCUUACCGAGCGAUAGUACAAUGGUAUUCCAGACCCUACAAAAUUCCACACCGACUUUUCGAUGACGACACAAUUUGCAUCGACUUCAAUGUGGAAAUUAUCGAGGAUCAUCGUGCAUUUGACCCGGUUAUUUCAAUUGAUUCAAUAUUUCAAAAGUGCACAGUUGUUUGUGGUAGUCCGAGUGAUUCCGCUCAGUCAUUAAUGCCUCGCAAAAAGGGUGUGUUCCCAACAUUUGUUUGUCGGUAUAAAAUUGUAAAAGUUGCCGGCAAUCAUCGGUUGAUACCUUUAAAUGAAAAAGUCGAGAAACGCACCCAUUCCUCCACUACACCGAGUCGCGAAUCAAAGAAGAAAACCCCGAAAUCGGGCGGCAAGAAAAAUAACGAGUCCAAGAAACCUCGUUUAUCUGAAAUUGGAUUCGUAGACAUCGAUUCUAGGGAGAACGAUGAACCUCUGGUGUCUCCUAUUAAAAUUAUAAGGAAUUCUGUCGUGAAAUUGCAAAGAACUUCGUCACAUAAGAAAAAUAAAACGCCUGGGAAAAUGGAAGUUAAUGCGAACUAUCUACUUGAAUCCCCCGAUGUGAAGCGGUCCAAACCAAGUCCUUCACCUAAAGUAAAUGGCGCCCGACGUAACUUAAAUCUUAGUCUGGAAGCCAACUCCACUGCAGACUCUGAUGCCCUCAAUUAUUCAAUUAUACAAAAUUCUCCCAGUCAAGCUGCAGCAUCAGACCUUAAAAUUAAACUACGUUUGUCUGAAACGCAAAAGGAAUCUAAUUCGUUAAAGCGGCUUUCAACAAAGAGCCCAGCAGCAAGGCGGUCGUCCCGAUUGUCUACAGAUACAUCGUCUAUUUGUAGUGAGCAGCUACGCUCGAGUAAAAAGCGGGCAGACAGCAUUGAAAGUGAUGAAAUCACACCCAGUAAAAAAAUUCGUGAAGAGAAUCAGGAUGACUACCCACAGACUCCAAGUGCCAAACCACUUGGCAGUACUCGCCGUAAAAGCAUUCUAAAAACACCAACUGGGAGGCUAAGUCUAGUUGGAACCCCAAAACGAAACAUACAACUAUCAAAUAUCGUUGAAGAAGUACUUUUCAAUGGGAACUCUUCGCUGGCUGAGUCAAACAGGACAAACACACCUCGUCGAAGUCGUAAAAUCAAUUCAACAUACGACGAGGAUUUCAUUUGCGAUGAGCCUAAAACACCAAAGAGACAAAAAACGAGUACGUCCACGCCUAGCAGUAAAUCGUCAGCAAUGACCCCAACCCAAAAGAUGAAGUUAAUUCGCUCAGGAGCUAUAUCCGCAGCCAUUGAAUCUCGAGAUAAUCCAUUGAAACGUCGAAAGUCUGACUUCGAAGUAGCACGUGAACGCCUACAUGUAUCUGCAGUUCCACAAAGCCUUCCAUGUCGUGAACAAGAGUUUGAUAACAUCUACACAUUCCUCGAGGGAAAACUACAGGACCAAUGCGGGGGUUGCAUGUAUGUUUCAGGAGUUCCUGGUACGGGAAAAACAGCAACAGUUACUGGAGUGAUUCGAGCGUUGAAACGCGAUGCUGAGCUAGAUAUAGUGCCUGAAUUUGAUUAUAUAGAGAUCAAUGGAAUGCGUUUGACUGAGCCGAGACAGGCUUAUGUGCAGAUAUACAAACAAUUGACGGGAAAGACAGUUUCAUGGGAGCAUGCUCAUGCCUUGCUUGAAAAGCGCUUCACCACACCUGGACCUAGACGACAGACUACAAUUUUACUUGUGGAUGAGUUGGAUAUUUUGUGUAAUAGGCGUCAAGACGUCGUUUAUAGUUUGUUAGAUUGGCCAACAAAGUCAACGGCCCGUUUGGUGGUUGUUACUAUAGCUAAUACCAUGGACUUGCCUGAAAGGAUGCUUAUGAGCAAAGUAACGUCACGUUUAGGCCUCACUAGACUAACAUUCCAGCCAUACUCCCACAAACAGUUGCAGGAAAUCGUGACAGCACGUCUCUCUGGUUCAGAAGCCUUUAAAGGUGAUGCUGUACAAUUGGUUGCAAGGAAAGUUGCAGCCGUGUCAGGCGAUGCUCGUCGAGCUUUGGAUAUUUGCCGGAGAGCUACGGAAAUUGCUGAAGAGACCACAAAGGAUAAGACUGUUUCAAUGAUGCAUGUGCAAAAGGCUCUGAAUGAAAUGAUAGCUACACUCAAAGUGCAAGCUAUCAAGAAAUGCUCGAAGCUUGAAAAACUGUUUUUGCAGGCUGUGGCAGCAGAAGUGGCCAGGACUGGUAUUGAAGAAACAACAUUUUUAGGUGUGUACACACAGUUAGAAUCUAUAGCAGCUUUCAUGGGAGUAACUGUCCCUGUCCUUGGUCGUGCACUGCAAAUUUGCUCAAAGCUUGGAGCGGAACGUCUUUUAAUUUGUGAACAUUCACGUACAGAUAUAUUCAUGAAAAUUCUGCUAAAUGUUAGCAGUGACGAUAUUUACUUUGCGUUACAGUUGAAAAACAACUAAACGUCUAGAUAUAUUGCCAA